UUAAACACCAUCUUCUUUCGUACUGGACUAAAAAACUUGACAUGAUUAUUGAAAAAGCAUUGAAAAACGACCCAGAUGCGCACAGUAAAGUUUUGAAAGAAGAAGAUAAAAACAAAAUACAACAGGCGAACUUGGAAAACAAACUUAUGAAUAAAAAAAUUAAAAACAGCACAGGUGUGCUAGUUGUAGGACUGCUAGUUGUCUUCACAAUUGGAAUUGUAUGUGCUGGUUGGGCUUUAAAAAACAGAUCUAUUUACGAUUAUGGCAUAACUAUUGAAUCCAGAGUCAGUGCAAAUGAGCUUUUUUUAGCAGGCCAUGCCAAUACAUUUCUGUCUUGGAUGCAAUAUAUCUCAGAAUACUGUGGUGUUUUUUAUUGGUGGAGAUUGCUUAAAAAUGGUGCUGAUGAAUGCACUGUCCCUAAUCCUUUCUAUUAUUACACAAGAUUUUACUAUAGCUGUACGUCUUGUGAGAAUAUCACAUCUGCACUAACACCUAAAGUUGGAAUUGAGGCCCAACCAGUUUCCGUUAAUAUAGUUUUGGGGACUCAACCAAUUAUUUGUAAGAAAUGGGGAAGAAAUGUCAGUCUUGAAGAGAUGAGUGAUGUCAUUUCUCACAAUCUGCAUAUUUUUAAGAGCAGCAUUUACACCAUGUCAUGCAGUGCUAAUUACAUCACCAGAGUAGAAGAUAUAACAGAUGAAAAGAUAAUGUCUAGAGUACAAGAGGACACACAUAUUCACUUAUCUUGGACCACAGAUAGCUAUAUGUUGUCAUAUGUAAUGCGACAGUUAUUUCCUCGUCCUGCAUUGAUACCAAAAAGUGUAAACAUUGGUCUAAAAAAAAUACUGCUUAUUGAUGGAAAAAAUGCUCCUUCCUAUCCUCUGCCUGUAUACAAGCAAAACUCUAUAUGGUAUGAACAAGGGGCUGGAUCUAGAAAAAUUGUAAUUACUCCAAGAAAAGGUUGUAUGCAUAUUUGCACUACUUUAACAGUGAUUCUCAAGCCAAGUGAUGUUAUUGUUAUCAAUGUGGAAGUCUGGGAUGUGCUUUCUUUACCUCAUGGAAAUCUUACAAGUUUAGCUUUUAUUGGUCAUUUUGAUGAUUCUCUAUCAUAAAACAAACAGAAAUGAUGGUAUCACAGUUUACAGAGAUGAAUCUGACAUGAUUGGAACUUGUCCUAAAUUUCAUUCCAUGGAAUUUGAAAGGAUACAACUCUCACUAAUUUCAAUGAAUUUAGGAUGACUUAAAACAGAAAUAAAAGCUCUUACAGCAUCAUUUACUGUAGUGAUUAUGGCAUGUUUUUUGUUGCUUAAUGCUUUGUUUAAAAAAUGACCCAUUUUCUAAAAUUGUUCACUUAAUUACACACUAUACCAGUACAUUGACUUUUUGGGAAAAUUAUAAAACAUAUUGCUUGUAUA